GUUAAUAACAUGAAAUCUUUUUAGACGUUGCAGAUUUUGGGUGCUCAUUAAAUAUAUAUAUUAGGAUUGAACAUGUCUAAAGUUGCGAUUUACUCAUUCAUUUUUGGAUCGGCUCUUCUUGCUAUCACAUCUUUCGUUUUAUAUUUCCUAUUCACGGAGCAGCAGUUUCGGAUUGACAUAGGAUGGUUAAUUUCAUCAAUUACACCUCAUGCAUAUGCUUCCGUCGGUGUCGGUUUGGCGGUGUCUCUCUCAGUUGUUGGGGCAGCUUGGGGAAUAUUCACAACAGGAUCCACAAUUAUGGGAGCAGGAAUAGUGACUCCAAGAAUAUAUUCUAAAAAUUUGGUUAGCAUCAUAUUUUGUGAGGCUGUUGCAAUCUAUGGAAUUAUUGUUGCUAUUGUUAUGUCAAACUUACUGGAGAAUUAUGACUGGGAAAAUCUCAAUGAAAAUCAAAGGGCUAUGAAUUACUAUGCUGGUUUCUCAAUAUUUGCUGCUGGCAUCAUCACUGGACUUUCAAAUUUAGCUUGUGGUAUUUGUGUUGGAAUUGUUGGAAGCGGAGCAGCUCUAGCAGAUGCUGCCAAUGAAUCUUUGUUUGUGAAAGUACUCAUUGUUGAAAUCUUUGGAAGUGCGAUUGGACUUUUUGGAGUUAUUAUUGGUGUAAUAGCAAGCUCGAAAGCAAAAAUGGGAAACUUUGAGAACAUGGCAUAAUAAGUCUAUCUUGAUAGUUGAACUUGUUUAUAGAUUCAGUUCCGUCCUUCAAUGUUUGUAUACAAUAAGAUUUUUCUCGGUCGAAAAUUGUACUCCGUCACUAUCAAGCAUGAAUUAAACCAUUGAUGGGCUACGUCUCGAGGCAUAUUUCAUUGAGAUUUAGAAUGUUUUCUGUAUCGUUGUGUGAGUGUAUUAUUUAUAUCCAGGGUCGUUCACAUCAUUUACCCUGGUCCAAUGAUGUUUCAAAUUAAGUUUAUUCUUUUAAAUGUGAUACAGAAUAAUAAAAGACUUUUAUUAUAUGAUAAAACAAUCGUUUUUGAAAAAUGUUGAAUGUAGAUAGAGACGAAUUAUAGAAGUAAUAUAGCUUAUAAAUUCCUAAUUUUGAAAUAAUGGAGUAGGGAUUUACCAUUAUUUUUUAAUUGAGUAUAUACUGCAAUUUUAAACAGUGUACCAGUGAUAUGAUACAAAAAUUGUGUUAUUCGGGUAUUCAAAUAAUGUUUAUGCUCUAUCCAUUCAGGUAGCAUAUGAAUUUUGGUCUCGACUGUAUUCAGAUAUGAUGCCAUUUAGCUUUGUUACUUUUUUCAUAUGUGUAACUUGAGAUCGUUAUGACACUCAAUUUCAUGAAAUAUAUAUCAUUUUCAUGAAUUCCUUAAUUAUAGUUGGUUGUCGAUCAUGUAAUUUACACCUGAUACAGAAUUUUUUUUGUGCAAUGUUAAUGUCUGUUUUGUUGGUAUGUUGAAAAUAUAUUUAUGACUAUUAAAUAAAUAAGCGUUACGAUGGUAAA